GCAAUUAAACAGUAAGUAAAAUAAUAUAAUGUAAUUAUUGAAUGAUAUAAAAAAACUCCAAAGAAUUUUACUAUAUUAAUGAAAAUUAUUUAUAUUAAAAUCAUAUAACUUAUGGUAAACAAAAAUCAUGUCAGAUAGUUCGUCUUCUGAAGAUGAAAUCAAUAAAAGAAUUCUUCAGGAUUCUAUUGAUAAAGAACUUUUAACUAAUGAUAUGUUCACCAAAAAAAAGUUGACGACCAAUUCUAAAAAUAGUUCUAUUGAAAGUAUUAAAUCCUUCCAAGUUAAACCCUCUUUGAGGUAUAUCAUAGAAGACGAAGGUCACAACCACAACUUCCUUAAAGUUACUCCUGACUUCCAAGAAUAUGUUGCUAAACAUUUAUUCAAUCACUUAGAAAGCCAAAUAGUAGAGAAGAAGAAAAAAAGAAAAAAUAUGCCCGAAAACGGUGAUGAAAAAAAAGGUAUUCGUUUAUUUAAUAGCUCAACUUUAUUAAUGGGCGAUGUGUCCUUUGCACCUAAAUAUAAACCACAUAAAAGAAAAAAACAUUGUAAUAGUGAUGAUGAAAAGCUUAUCAGAAGUCGUGCUAGCGAAACAGCAGUUUCUCCGCAACAAAUUUUAAAUAGAGAAGAAGUCAAAUUUUGGGCAAAAGAAACAAAAGGUAAAAUUGUAAAGGUUCGUCCCAACAAAGAAGGAACUUUUGAUGUUAUAAAUGACAUCUCUUGAUUAAUAAAACUAUUCAUUCACAUAAUAAUUACAACUUUUUUUGUAAAUAUUUUCAAUAUUUAUUUAGUAUUAAAAAAACUGUCAUCAUCACGUUUAACCAUGUACUCUUUACUUAUUAAUAUUAUCUUUAGGACAUAAAUUUGUACAAAUUUAUAUGUAGUAAGAAAUUUUAAUACUAUAUUGUUUUAAUAAAUAGUUCGUUUUGUUCAUGA